AUUUAUAUAAAAAAACAAAAGUCAAGUUUCGUAAACAUUCGAAAAUUGCGAUUUUCAAUAUAAAAUUGUAAUAAAAUUAAGUGUGUGAUUUGUGUCGUAGGACUUAGACGGUUUUAAUUUAAAAAAAGUACAAGUUCUCUAACAUUCACCAUGUCCAAAUCGGUAGCUCGUUUGAAAUCAAUGAAAAAAGUUGGAGAUAAAAUAGACCACUCUUCUAAAUUGAGGACUAAUAUUCCUGCUGGAAUGGCUGCUGCUGGUCCGCCACUAGGUCCUAUGCUUGGCCAGCGUAAUAUUAACAUAGCAGCAUUUUGCAAAGACUUUAAUGAGCGGACAGCUAACAUAAAGCAAGGCAUACCUCUUCCGACUAGAGUGAAAGUCAAUUCGGAUCGUUCCUACCAGUUGAUUAUUCAUCAACCGCCAGCGUCGUAUUUCUUGAAGCAAGCUGCUGGAAUCAGCAGAGGAGCUAUGGAGCCUGUGAAAGAAAUCAGUGGAAAAAUAACUCUAAAGCACAUAUAUGAAAUAGCCAAAAUAAAGGCGCAGGACCCACCAUUGGAAUGGAGGCCCCUGGAGGAAAUAUGCACCAUGUUAAUAGCCACUGCUAGAACAUGCGGGAUUGAAGUAGUCAAGGAACUUGAUGCAAAGGAGUACGGAGAAUUUCUUGAAGAAAGGAAAAGAAUUGUGGAAGAACAGAAGAAGAUGCUACAAGAGAAGAGAGAAGCUAAGAUGUUGAGAACUGCUUAGUUAUUUAUUGCAAUUUGUAGAUAUGUAUAGAUUAAUUAAUAUAGCUUUAUUAGGAGUUU